AUAACAGCUGUCCCCACCCCCUUUUUUCCAUGGUUUUAAGUCGACACCAGAAGAAAACAAAAUAAGAAAAGAGAACAUCCCCUUGGACCCCCUUCUCUUUGCCCUUGCCCUCCCUUUUAACCCCAGACCUCUUUGAUCGAGAUCACCAACCCGUAUUACUACAGGGGCAAGCAUAAAGAACUGGACACGCAUAUUGAGAGAGUGAUCCAUCAAGAGAACACAAAGGAAAAGGGUCCAUUCACCUUUGUGGCUCUUGAAGAGAAUUUACUAAAGAGAAAAUAAAAAAAGAAAGAAGAAAGAACAGGAUAUAAAUAAGCAGGCAAGUGCAAAAUAAGGUUUGUGUAGGCAGUGUAUCAACGAGUGAGGAUAGAAAAAAACAAAAGAAACGCUUAAAAGGGUUUCUGUUUCCAAAGGCAAACUGUAAGUGUGGAGUGGAAGAGCUUAAAACAAAGGGAAAAAAAAGGACUUACACCUCCAUAUAGAGAGAUAAAGAGAGAGGGACUUCUAGAGAGAGAGACAAAGAGAUGGUGGGCUCAGGAGGAGCAGAUAGGAGCAAAGAAGCUGUUGGGAUGAUGGCCCUUCAUGAGGCCCUCAGAAGCGUCUGUCUCAACUCAGACUGGACUUACUCGGUCUUCUGGACUAUUCGUCCUCGCCCAAGAGUUAGGGGUGGUAAUGGUUGCAAGGUUGGAGAUGAUAAUGGAAGCUUGAUGUUGAUGUGGGAAGAUGGGUUUUGCCGAGGGAGAGUUGGAGAUUGUCUGGAAGAAAUUGACGGAGAGGAUCCUGUCAGGAAAGCAUUCAGCAAAAUGUCCAUUCAGUUAUAUAAUUAUGGAGAAGGGUUAAUGGGAAAGGUUGCCUCAGAUAAGUGCCAUAAAUGGGUCUUCAAAGAACCUACUGAAUGUGAACCAAAUAUUUCCAACUACUGGCAAAGUUCAUUUGAUGCUCUUCCUUCUGAAUGGACAGAUCAGUUCGAGUCUGGUAUUCAGACCAUUGCUGUCAUACAAGCUGGCCAUGGCCUUCUACAACUGGGCUCCUGCAAGAUCAUACCUGAAGACCUUCAUUUUGUACUAAGAAUGAGGCAUACGUUUGAAUCUCUUGGCUACCAGUCUGGUUUCUACCUCUCCCAUCUCUUCUCUUCGACCAGGAACACUUCCUCUUCUUCCUCAAUACCUACUAAGCAAUCUGCAAUUCCAACCCGCUCAACGCAGCCCCUUUUCAACUGGGGUCAAAGACCACUUCCAUCUGCAGCAGGUUCUUUGCUUUCUUCACAGAAUUUUCAAAACCCUGCGGCUAGACUUGGAUUUCCACAAGCCAAAGAUGAGCCCCAUAUGUUUAUCCUUCCCCAUUCAUCUGAAACCCGAAUGGAAGAGAUGAUGGGAGAGCAUGAAAAUGACAUCAAAUGGCCCAAUGGUUUGUCUUUCUUCAAUGCUCUCACCGGACGGGCAGAUGAUGCCAAGCUUUUGUUUAACCCUGAGAGCUUAGGAAACAAAGGAGACCGCAAUCACCACCCUCAUAUCCUUGAAGGGAAGAAUCCAAAUCCAAAUUCAGAUGCUUCAAAUAUGAACAAUGCUGGUGGUAUGAAUCCCAACGAGUUCUUGAGCUUAGAUUGCCAUCCUGAUAGUGCAAGGAAAAUGGAAAACAAGUUCAAAAGGAGCUUUACUUUGCCUGCAAGAAUGACUUCAUCAUCUUCCACAUCGGUUGACCACCAUCAGCACCAUCCUGUGGAGUACAGGAAUCCCGAAUCAGGGGUGUACUCAGACGUCAUGGAUACUUUCUUGGAGUGAAAUCUGCCUUAGAUGGGGAAAGGAUGAGAACUUGUAUCUAAGGAAAAAAAAAACAAAAAACUUUUGUGCUUUUAGCACUGGGACUCUAAUGUUUGUUUUAUUAUGUUCUUUUACUACUUUGUGUUUCCUUUGUUAA